AUGACUAUCCAAACCUCGGGAAUAGCAGCAGAAGCAUAUGCCAGAUGGAGCGGCAAUGGCAAGCCUACUGCUCUGUGGCUAGACUGUGAUACUGGUCACGAUGAUGCUUUUGCAAUUCUUCUAUCUGCCCACUGCCCGGCGUUGAGAUUGUUGGGCAUCAGUACUAUCUAUGGUAAUGCUCCUCUGGUCAAGACCACGAAAAACACUAGGUCUAUCUUGAGAGCGAUUGGCCGCGAGGAUGUUCCUGUGUAUGCUGGUGCUAGCAAACCUUUUUGCCGGCCUGAGGCUUCUGCUCCUGACAUUCAUGGCGAGUCUGGAUUGGAUGGUACCACUGUCCUGCCUGAGCCUGGAGCACCGGAACGUACGGAUAUGUCUGCAGUGUUGGCUAUGUACAAGGCUUUGAUAGCAGAGCCACCGAAGACGGCAUGGCUUGUUGCAACUGGUUGUCUCACAAAUGCGGCUCUCCUGUUUAACACUUUCCCUGACGUGGUUGACCACAUUGCCGGACUUACGAUCAUGGGCGGCGCUGUCGGAGGUGGUUUUACCAAUGCACCAAUGGGCUCGCUCGAAGGCGAGGGAGAGCGAUUUGGCAACUGGACCCCUUGGGCCGAGUUCAACAUUUACAUCGACCCUGAGUCCGCGCAAUCUGUCUUCAGAAAUCCCAUCCUUGCAGCAAAGACGACAAUCGCUCCAUUGGACUUGACGCAUCAAAUGCUAGCAACGCCAGAGAUCUGUCAGGAACUGCUCUAUGGGUUUGACAAGGAAGUGGAUGGCACUGAAGCCUCGGUCCUCCGCGUCCUGUUCAACCAAAUCCUCACCUUCUUCGCAAGUACAUACGCAGACGUAUUCGGCUUGACAGAGGGACCUCCAUUGCACGAUCCCCUGGCCGUCGCGAUGACCUUCCUUCCCGAUUUAUUUGACGACAAGGGCGGAGAGAGAUUUGAUGUCAAAGUCGUCAUUGACGGCGAACACGGUGUUGACGAGAUUGCGAGAACGACGUCGCAAUGCGGUCGUACCAUUCUGACACCGUUGAAGGCUGGCGAGCCUGGCGUACGCGUACCUAGAGGCUUGAAUGCAGGACUCAUUUGGAGAAUCCUAGACCUGUGCUUGAAGCAAGCAGAAGGCGAGAAACCAAAGACAAUGGCCAUGUCAGCACUGUGGAGCGUGGCCGAAGAUCUGUAG